CGCGAUCGACAUCAAGAGCCGAGAAGACUGAUCACGUCCGCCGCACUCGGGGAUCGACGACUAAGAUAGGCGGCCCCUCGCUGGCUAGCGGAAAUGGCCGCUGCCGACGCGGUCACCUUUUGGCUCGUCUGAUCCGCCCAAAUUGUGGUCCCGCCGAACCGGCACUCUCUUCGACCGGCAUUUGGGUGUCGAAGGUCAAGCGAUGAAGACGGCUCUCUUCGGUCUCCUAGUAGCCACGUUCACUGGUUUCGUAGGCGUCCAGAGCGUGACGACACACACAGAAGAAACGCUGCCCUACUCGGAUAAAGGGCAUGCUGAGACCACUCGCGUAUCGUCUGAGCUGUGCGCAAAGGACGCAGCCUGGAAGGCUCAGUUCUUGUGCGCCAACCGCUUUUAUGCUCACGUGCAGCAGAUUGAAGACGAGAGCGUAACCGAGUCGCAUGACAUCUGCAGUACAGUGAGCCGCUUUUACACUUGCCUGGAUACUGUGCUGCACGACCAAUCCUGCGAGCACGACGCCGAACUCAUGGGUCCUGCCGAGUACUUCCCCAGGUUGCUGACCCAUAGGUAUCACAACGUGUGCGCUGCAGAACUGGAGCUCACGUCUCAGCGACUCAGAGUAAAGGUUCUGCGUGCUCAGGGCUCCUCGGACGCAAGCCUCGGCGCUGAUUACAGCAUCUGCCGGGAGGAGAAGGCGACCAGGGAAUUCUUCGCGUGCGGCCUCCUCUUCAACGUGAUCGAGAGCAGCGAUCCUCCGAAAGAGAAAUUGUGCACGGCGUACAAGGAUCUGGAGAAGUGCACCAAUGAUUUGCAGUGCAGCACCCCGUCGGACUUCAACACACACUCGAAAUACGUGCUACACGCGCUGCUCAGCCCGUACAUGCAGUACUGCCGCGGCUUCGUGCCCGUCGAGGAGAAGAACGUCACGGCUCACCCGCCAACGAAGGGUCACGUGACCUACGAGGAGAAGGACGUCACGGCUCACCCGCCAACGAAGGGUCACGUGACCUACGAAGAGAAGGACGUCACGGCUCACCCGCCUACGAAGGGUCACGUGACCUACGAGGAGACUUGCAAUGAAGCGGUGCAUUUGGAGAAGUACUUCCACUGUGGCCUAACGUUCAUAUUCAGCCUACGAGACGCCAGGUUCCCCGGCGAGUCACAUCAUGACGGCGCGGUGUGUGAGCUCGUGCGCGCCCACAAGCUGUGCGUGGAAGCAGCCAUGGAUAGAGGGCGCUGUCCGAAGAGGAUCGGCAUUUGGAAGAACCUCGACUACCUCGACAAUGAGCUGCACACCGCGUCGGGGUCGAAGUGCCCCACCUCCAAGAAAGGCCGCGUCGGAAAAACGCGGCAGCGCGCGUCGUCGCAACACUGCCUCGUUCACCAAUACGCCUCCACGUAUUUCACGUGCGGCGCCAUGUUCCUCAGGAGCACGUAUGUCAAUCGCCCGGAUACCGGCGAGGCCUGCAGGCGUUACAACGACUUCUUGAAAUGCAUCGAAGAACUCGUGGUCUGCCGCCAACAAAGCAGCAUCGAGAUGUCGUUCAAACAUUUCACAGAAAUUCUCACAGAUGACUACAGGCACUCUUGCAGAGGCCUAAACAAAAGCAAUACUUGUGACAAGCUGACCUUGUUGAAGAACUUCUUCUCCUGCGGCCUGACGUACUGCCAUUCAUACAACACCUUUCUCCCGUCGUACGUGCAGGCUCUUCCACAAAUCUGCCGGAUCUUGGAGGACUUCUUGAACUGCACACACGAGCAAGUGUUGAUAAACACGUGCGGAUACCCGGAGCUCUUCGCUAAUGUUAGGGCAGUCCGGGACUAUAUUGUCAACUCGGUUAACGAGAAACAUCACUCAACCUGCACGAUUCCUCCUGGCAUGCAGAGGAGACGUGCGGCUGUCGCCGCGCGCCAGAGCUCGUGCGACGAGUUCCGUGCCGUGAAAAGGCUGCUGCUGUGUGGCGUCGCCUUCCACCGCAUGCUCUCCGGGUCCGCUCCCUCUGCGAAAGGCUCCUCGUCCGCAGAAUUGACCGCAUCGGACAACGGGACAACGGCUGCGUUGUGCCUCUUGGUAAAAGAGAUGAAGUACUGCAUGAACUCAGCUAUCCACGACUCCGGUUGUCCGGAGAACGCGUUCCUCAGCACGGAGAUAUCGCUGCUAAAGAAGCGUCUUCUAGAGGAAUUUGAUAGCGUGUGCGUCUAUGUGCCACUCUGGACCUACAAAAACAGCGAUCGUACGCCAAAUGAACUAGGAUGCGAGCUGAAGGAGUUCACCGAGGAGUGGGAGAUGUGCGAUGUGGCCGAGGGAAAGAAGGUCACCGACCCCUACUGGAAAGGCCCUGUACUGCAUGGCAAGGGCGCCGUGAGCGACCGCCAACGCAGAAGGCUAUGCAGCGACCUGCUCAGCCAUCAGCAGUGCAUGCAGGAAUCGGCGGCCAGGCACCACUGCCCGGACCUGGCAACCAGUCUUGUGGACAUGGGCGGGGCAGAACUGCUCGGAAGGAUUGGCUUUUUGGCGUGUUCCUCUUCCUCGCCCGACAGUCAACGGGCAGCCCUGUUGCUGCUUGCAGCAGGAGUAUCCCACUUGCUGGCACACCGACCCGCUGCUGUGUGCUAGCCGGAUCCGCCACAGGAAUAAUCAACGGCACUAGACUCAUGAGCAACUAAGCAGGACACUCCUUGGGAUCUCUACAAAAGCGGUUGCGUGCGCAACGCUAUUCGCUGUUUUUCGCCUACGCUUUAAUUAACUUGACGAUACCUUUUCAGGA